UCUGGUGAAUGCGCAUGCGCUCGGACUCCAGCCUUGGCGUUUGGAGGCGAAGCAUCUGUCCCAGAUGAAUAAUGGUUAAGGGACAAUCUGAAAUUCAAUUCAAAAAGAAGAAAGAAGAUAAUAGGUAAAAGUCUACAGAUUUAUCUACCCAAGAUAACUUUGGUGUGAGAAAAUUUAAUUUGAAAUCAGCAUUGAAAUUUGGUGCCUGCUCAUCAGUUUGUAAGCUACAAAAAAAAAAAAAAAAAAAAAAAAUCCAGACGUUUGCAGCUAUAAAUUUAUACGAAGAUAAUUUCAGAAUGUCUAGCAAGGAAGUAAAAACUGCUCUAAAAAGUGCUAGAGAUGCAAUCAGAAACAAAGAAUACAAAGAAGCUUUGAAACAUUGUAAGACAGUGUUAAAACAAGAGAAAAAUAACUAUAACGCCUGGGUUUUUAUUGGUGUUGCUGCAGCUGAAUUAGAACAACCUGAUCAGGCUCAGGGUGCCUAUAAAAAAGCUGCUGAACUAGAGCCAGAUCAAUUACUGGCUUGGCAGGGGUUAGCAAGCUUAUAUGAGAAAUGUAACCACAUAAAUGCUAAGGAUGACUUGCCUGGUGUUUACCAGAAGCUCCUGGAUCUUUAUGAAAGUGUUGACAAACAGAAGUGGUGCGAUGUCUGUAAGAAACUUGUGGAUCUAUAUUACCAAGAAAAGAAACACGUAGAGGUGGCCCGAACAUGGCACAAGUUGAUAAAGACACGGCAGGAGGAAGGUGCAGACAGCCAAGAGCUUCACCAGCUGUGGAAGAAAUUGACUCAGUUGCUGGCUGAAAGUACUAAGGAUCAGAAUAAUGAGACCCAGCAAUUGCUUUUAGCUGCUUUUGAGAAUGCACUGGACUUAUCAGAUAAGAUUCCUAGUGAAGAUCACCAAGUACUUUAUAGACAGUUCAUUCACUGUUUAUCCAAACUUCCUCAUGAGACCGCUAGAUUGAAGAAGGCCUGUGAAGGAAUGAUAAACAUCUAUCCUACUGUACAAUAUCCAUUAGAAGUGCUUUGUUUGCAUUUAAUUGAAUCAGGCAGUCUUACUGAUGAAGGACAGCAGUAUUGUUGCAGAUUAAUGGAAAUGGAUUCCAGAAGUGGUCCAGGCUUCAUUGGUUUAGGCAUUAAAGCAUUACAAGACAAAAAGUAUGAAGAUGCUGUUAGUAACCUAACAGAAGGGUUAAAGGAAAGCCCUCUUUGCACGGCUGGAUGGUAUCAUCUGGCAGAAGUCCAAGUUAAAAUGCAUAGACCUAAGGAAGCUGUUCUUUCAUGCAAUCAAGCUCUGAAGAACAUAGACAGUCUUGGUGUGUCUGGUGGCAGUCUGCAUCAGAAGAAUCUUUGUCUCCGUUUGAAAGCAGAGGCUUUGAUUAAACUCUCGGAUUAUGAAUCUUCAGUGGAAGCAAUUUGUACUCUUAAUCAGGUUUCUGAUGCAAAUAAUAUCCCAGGACUUUUGGUUCUUAAAAGCUUGGCCUAUCUGAACAAAGGUUCAUUAGAUGAAGCUUCAAAGAUUAUGGAAGACCUUCUCUCUUCUUACCCUGACCUAGCUGAAGUUCAUGCCCUGGAAGCUUUGAUUCAUUUUACCAAAAAGGACUAUCUACAAGCAGAGAAAUGUUUUCAGAGAGCUAUUGAGAAAGAUGCUGAAGUUGCUGAAUAUCAUUACCAACUUGGGUUAACAUAUUGGUUCAUGAAUGAAGAAACAAGAAAAGAUAAAACAAAGACUCUUACCCACUUUCUAAAGGCUGCCAGACUGGAUCCAUACAUGGGCAGAGUUUUCCGCUAUUUAGGUCAUUACUACAGAGAUGUGGUAGGAGAUAAAAACAGAGCCCGUGGCUGUUACAGGAAAGCUUUUGAAUUAGAUGAUACUGAUGCUGAAUCUGGGGCUGCGGCAGUUGACCUAAGUGUGGAGCUUGAAGAGAUGGAAACUGCCUUAGCUAUCCUAACAGCAGUAACUCAAAAGGCAAGUGCUGGAACGGCAAAAUGGGCCUGGCUUAGGCGAGGACUAUACUAUUUGAAAGCUGGUCAGCAUUCUCAGGCUGUGGCUGAUUUACAGGCAGCAUUAAGGGCAGACCCAAAGGACUUCAAUUGUUGGGAGUCAUUAGGAGAGGCAUACUUAAGCAGAGGUGGCUAUACGACAGCCUUGAAAUCCUUCACAAAAGCCAGUGAGCUGAACCCAGAAUCCACAUACAGUGUGUUUAAGGUUGCAGCAAUACAGCAAAUCCUAGGCAAAUACAAGGAGGCGGUAGCUCAGUACCAGCUGAUCAUUAAAAAGAAAGAAGAUUAUGUGCCAGCUUUGAAAGGUUUGGGCGAAUGCCAUCUCAUGAUGGCAAAAGCAGCUCUCGUCGAUUAUCUUGAUGGGAAAGCUGUAGACUACAUCGAAAAAGCACUGGAAUAUUUUACUUGGGCUCUGCAACAUCAAGCUGAUGUCUCUUGCCUUUGGAAGCUAGUUGGGGAUGCUUGUACCAGUCUGUAUGCUGUCUCACCAUCUAAAGUGAAUGUUACUGUUUUAGGAGUCCUUUUAGGUCAGAAAGAAGGCAAACAAGUAUUAAAGAAGAAUGAGCUCCUCCAUCUUGGAGGAAGGUGUUAUGGUCGUGCAUUAAAACUGAUGUCUACAUCUAAUACAUGGUGUGACCUUGGAAUUAAUUAUUAUCGCCAAGCACAACAUCUAGCAGAAACAGGCAGCAAUACAAAUGAUCCUAAAGAAUUGCUGGAGAAAUCUUUACAUUGUCUGAAAAAGGCAGUGAGACUUGACAGUAAAAAUCACUUAUACUGGAAUGCUCUUGGAGUGGUUUCAUGUCACAAUGGUAUUAGAAAUUAUGCCCUUGCUCAACACUGUUUCAUCAAGUCUAUCCAGUCGGAACAAAUUAAUGCUGUUGCAUGGACCAACUUGGGAGUGUUAUACCUUGCAAAUGAAAACAUUGAGCAAGCUCAUGAAGCUUUCAAAAUGGCUCAAUCUCUUGAUCCAUCUUAUUUAAUGUGCUGGAUUGGACAAGCUCUUAUUGCAGAGACAGUUGGAAGUUAUGACACUAUGGAUCUUUUCAGGCACACUACAGAACUCAGUAUGCAUACUGAGGGAGCAAUAGGUUAUGCGUACUGGGUCUGUACGACACUGCAAGACAAAAGCAACAGAGAUACAGAGCUGUACCGGUACAACAUUGUUCAGAUGAAUGCUAUUCCAGCAGCACAAGUUGUUUUGAGUAAAUACAUAGAGAGAAUUCAGAAUUAUGCUCCAGCUUUCACAAUGUUGGGUUACUUAAAUGAACAUCUACAACUGAAAAAGGAAGCCACAGAGGCAUACCAGAGGGCAAUGUUAUUGUUACAGACUGCGGAAGACCAAGAUACUUACAAUGUUACAGUAAGAAAUUAUGGAAGAUUGUUAUGUUCCAUUGGUGAAUAUGAUAAAGCUAUCCAGGCUUUUAAGUCAACACCUCUUGAAGAGUUAGAAGACAUCAUAGGUUUUGCAUUGGCUUUAUUUAUGAAAGGUCUAUAUAAAGAAAGCAGCAAAGCCUAUGAGAGGGCCUUGUCUGUUGUUGAAUCAGAGCGGGACAAAGCCCAUAUCUUGACAGCUCUGGCAAUAACGGAGUAUAAACAAGGAAAAAUGGACAUAGCCAAGACAUUGCUAUUUAAAUGCUCCAUCUUAAAGGAACCAACCACAGAAAGCCUUCAAGCCCUGUGUGCUCUUGGAUUGACAAUGCAGGAUGCUACACUUUCAAAAGCGGCACUUAAUGAAUUGCUGAAGCACAUCAAACAGAAAGACAGUGAUUAUCCAAAGUGCCUUCUCAUUUCAGCGAUUUAUGCACUGCAAGGCCGCAGUGUGGCAGUGCAGAGACAAGCAUCUAAAGCUGUUCACAGUAAUCCAGCUGAUCCAGCUCUUUGGUCUCUGUUGUCCCGAGUAAUUGCUCAGUAUACUAACCGAAGUGCAAAGGGAGGUGCUAUAGCAGGAAAUGUGGCUCAUAUUUUGGACUCAAAUCAUGGAAAGAAGGCAUUACUGUACACUGCAGUAAAUGAAUUAGCUAUGGGAAGCAGUUCAGCAGAAACUGAAAAAAAUAUUGCACUAAAGACCAUUCAGAAAGCAGCUUUUCUUUCUCCAGGUGAUCCUGCUGUCUGGGCUGGGCUGAUGGCAGCCUGUCAUGCUGAUGAUAAACUGGCUCUAGUGAACAAUACUCAGCCAAAGAGAAUGGAUCUGUACUUGGCACUGUUAUCUGCUGUUUCCGCUUCAAUUAAAGACAAAGAAUUCCUUAAGGAUUAUAACCAAUCUCUGGAAAAGUGGUGUCUCUCCCAGGCUGUCACUGGUCUAAUAGACACGGGAAGAAUAUCUGAAGCUGAAGCCCUCUGCACGAAGAAUUUAAAAAGUAACCCUGAUCAGCCAGCUGUUAUCUUACUUUUGAGACAAGUUCAGUGUAAACUACUCCUCGAGUCACAAAACCCUCUCCCAGAUGCCGUCCUUGAAGAGCUGCAAAAAACAGUCAUGUCCAACUCAACUUCUGUUCCAGCAUGGCAGUGGCUGGCACACAUUUAUCAGUCCCAAGGAAUGAUGGGUGCUGCAGAAAUGUGUUAUAGAAAGAGCCUGCAAGUAGCAUCCCAACAGGGCAGUUGGAGUGGGAAGCUGUCGAGUCUGUUGAGACUAGCCCUUCUUGCUUUAAAAGCCUGCAUGGCUAAUAUUUCCAGUGAUCACUGGUCAUCUUUGGUUCAAGAAGCUACAACUGAGGCCUUAAAACUUUGUUUUUGUCCAUUGGCUGUCUUUUUACAAGCCUUGUUACAAUUCAACCGCAAAAUGGGGGCAAGAGAGACACGGCGACUUUUGGAAAGAGUGGUGUAUCAGCCUGGGUAUCCCAAGUCUAUUGUAUCAACCGCACGUUGGUAUCUACUGAGACACUUACAUGCCAAAAAUGACUACGAGCUUAUUGAUGUGCUGGUAAACAAUGCCAAAACUCAUGGAGAUACAAGAGCAUUGGAACUGAAUCAGAAAUUGUCUUCACAGUAAUAGUAUGUUAUUUUAUAGUAAGCAAGCAAAGAAAAAGUUACUAGAAAGAAUCAAUGAAUCAAGACUUUCCCCCAAAGCAACAUUUUAAAAAACCAUAGUUAUAAUCAUCCAUUCCUAUUUUAAAUCUAAGGACAUUUAAGUUCUUAAGCUAGGGGUUUAAUUUUUCAACAACUCUUAAUAUGACUUUAAUUUGAAAAGUAUGUUUGAUUUUGAGAAGCCCAUAAUGAAAGGAAAAAACAUGAUUCCCUUAGGUGUUCAUCAGUAAUUUGUAAACCACUCUUUUCUCCAUCUUGCAUUUUGCAUAGUAAUAUUUUUUGUACCCCUUUACAAUAAAGCCUUAAUAGCCAUUUUCCAAAUAAUAUGUAAAAGCAGAUGAGCAUGGUGCAGAAUUUUACUUAUUAAAAAAUAAAUUGAAAGAUAUAAUUUCUUCUAUGAAUUCUGGAGUUCAGUAGACCAACUCAUCAUAACAUCUGAAUAAUCUUAGAGCCUGUUUUACUAGUGGUUCAUCUCAGAUUCUGUUGAAGAAGUAUAAUGUAAAUGUUGGUGAGUUUAGACUGCUAGUGGAUAUGUUUGUAUAGUUCAAAACACUCAGGUGUAUGGCUACAUUAAAAAAAUCAAUGGAAAAUUUUGGAAAAUAAUGCUGACAGUGUUUAAUUGAUCAUGCAAUUUCUUCAAUUAUGACAAAAAGACUUGAACUUUCUGAAAUAAGAAAAAACAUAGUGUCUUAUUUUCUUUAUUGAUUAAUAUCAGAUAUAAUUUCUACAUUUCAAAUUUUAAAACCUGAAAACACAUUUACCUAUUUUAGUUUUUCAAAAAACUUUUUAUAUCUCUGAAAAAACUGUAUGUUGCUUACUUUGGAUUUGUGGUUUUAAAAAAUAUUUUCAGAUAUUUACAUUUAUUAUUCGUUGUAUGUAAAUGUGUUGGUUGUACAAUUUAUGUAUAUAGUUUUUCUAAAUCAGCUUUAUGGUGUUAUUUUGUGAGAUAAUAUAAAUUGAUAAUAUUCUGUAAUUAAAUUUCACUCCAAAGGUUAAUCUAUUGAACUAACUAUAAUUUGGUGUAUUACCAAAUUCGGCUGAAUUUUGUCAUCAUUCAGACCUAUACAAUCAGAAUCUUUAAGGAUAAGGACCUAGGGCUCUGCAUUAUGGAGGCAUGCCUAAGAGAUUCUAAUGUUCAUUCAGGUUGGUGAACCACUGGAUUAACCCGUUGAUGAUUCUUCCCUUUACUUUUUUCUUUAACAGGAUCAAGCACUUGCCAUUCUCUGCCCAUUUCUUCCUUAUCCUCACAACUGCCCAACCGAUUCAGUGCUUUCAACAGCCUGGCCCACAGACUUAGCCAGAGAUGAGCUGCAAAAGGUUGUCUGUGCCUCUCUGGUGCCUGUGCCUUCCUGCUUCCUCUGGAAAGCACUUUAGCCUUUACCCCAGGAUGGACUGAAUCUAUCUGCUUAAAUGCUUAUGAGUCAGUUCUUAUUUUCCAUCUGCUUUCUGGGGUGUCACGUGCUUCACAAGGUUACUUUCUCCUGCUGUGUGGACUUGGUUAGGCUUUGCCCCAGGCCUGUAGCCAAGGAGCAACCUUUUGACUAAAUUGCCUAGUUCUAGCCUCUGAGAACCUCAGAAUCAGGUUUUCUAGACAGGAAGGUUCAAAAACACUAUAGUUCAUACCAUCUCAGGUAAUUUUUUUUGCAUGGAUGUACAUACAUCCUCUCUUUGUUAUCUUCUCUUAAGACUCCUGCCUGGUUACUGUGAGGCUCAAAUCACAAAUGUACAAUUUUUACAGAGCUUACUUCAUGCCAGACCUUUGUUAAGUGUUUUAUACAUUGUCAUUUAAUAUUAAUAAGUAAAGGAAAAGUGCUAAGCAGCAUGCUUAAAGAAAAA